AUGGAUCUACACAAUCACCUUAAAGAUGGAUCUGACUCUGAUAUUGAUGGUGUCGAAUUAUGCACAGAGAUUGUGAACAUCAAGCAAUUUUUAAUUUCUUGUUUGGACGUAAGUUCACCUCUUAAUAUUCUUCAAUACAUUUUUGACUAUGAACUCCAAGACAUAUUUCCAAAUCUUUGGAUUGCUUUAAGAUUAUUAUUGACGUUACCAGCGACAGUAGCUAGUGGUGAGCGAAGUUUCUCAAAAUUAAAACCCAUAAAAACAUACUUGCGAUUUACUAUGGCUAAUGAACGUUUAAUCUCACUAUCGGUUUUAUCUAUAGAAAACGAAAUAGCUGCGGAAAUUGAUUUUUCAACAAUUAUACUGAGUUUUGCCGAGAGAAAAUCAAGAAAGGUGUUGAUCGAUAACAAAUUUAAAUAA